AUGGCAUCUACCCAUGCGGCCGGAUCUCCCGCGCCAUCCUCCAGCAUCAAUUCCCCCGUCCUACAUCCGGUAACAGUGCCUGCUCUAAAUGUCUCUUUACUGGACGGCAGGCCUUUACUGGACGUUAACACCGCCUCUGGCCAACCUGACAGCGGGAGGUCGAAACGCAACAAACGGGAUAGCCGUAAGAAGAGGGAGGCCAAGGGACUGGACCAAGAGAAUGCUCCGAAGAAGAAAUUGUGUAUCGCUACCGCAGUCCCGAGUUCUGAACUCGGCAUCCUAAGACCCAUUGCGGUCGGUGAACCUAGGCGCUCGGAUCUACUACCUCCUCAACCUCGCCAGCUGAGUUUUGCGGUGCGCAAGAUGUCCGGCGUCAUCGGCCAAAGUUGGGAUUUUUAUGAGGUUGUUGAUAAACUAACCAACAAGAACGGCUUUCGCUAUAGCUAUGCCAUAGCGGACGCGGAUUUCGCGCACAUCAAAUACCGCCAGACGGAUGUUCCUCCCUACUACGCUCGAUUUAGCUUCGAGGAUUCUCCGGCUGCAAUUUUAUUCUCCAAGGAUGCCCUUGCAGUUACAACUAACGACCCGUGGCAUACGGCACGUGCUAAUGUAUGCGCGCGAGAAGGGACUUAUUACUAUGAAGGUCGGAUCAUUAGUGGUAUGAUGAGUGACUCUAAAGCAGCAUCGAAUGGGCCGCCGACAAGGGGUCAUGUGCGUCUUGGUUUUGCUCGACGGGAAGCAGAUCUUGACGUCAAUGUAGGGGUCGAUUGUUACGGUUAUGGGAUUCGUGAUGUGAACGGCGAGGUGGUCAAUCGCAUGCGGUGCGAAUAUUUCUUCCCAAAGGGUGAAUCGAUACGCGAAGGCGAUGUCAUUGGCAUGCUCAUCACCCUUCCGUCGCUCUCACUACAUAGAAAAAUUGUUGAAGGCGGCGCACCCAAUAUUGGAGGCGUCAACAUUAUCCGUGACCGCAUACCUUUUCACUACAAGAAUGACUUCUGUUGGCAACAGUCCAAUGUCUUCCCUACCAAGCAAUUGCGCGACUACGCUUUUAAUCUCAAAGAAACACCAGCGUUCGGCCCACCGUCUCCUAUGAACGGAGAAGAUCCGUCAUUGCGUACGUUACCCGGUUCGAGCAUCACAAUAUUCAAAAAUGGCAUCAAGAUGGGGACGCCAUUCAAGGACCUGUAUGCUUUUCUCCCACCCGCUAGCAGACUGGCAAACGGCACCAACAACCUCGGGCUCGGAGAGCGUGAGAAUGCGGAUGACGGUAUGGUCGGGUACUACCCGGCUGUCAGCUGCUACGGAGGCGGUGCUGUUGAAUGUCGCUUCCAAGCGCCCUGGUGGUUUGGUCCACCGUCCGAAACAGACAAAGGCGCGUCAGUCGUCGCAGGAAUAGGAGAGCGGUUCAACGAGCAAAUCGUCGAAGAUGUCUUGGCGGACAUCGUAGACGAGGUGGAAGCAAUGCUUGUCUGGGGCGGCGUGGACGGCACGGUCAUCCUCAAAGAUGGCGUCGGCGCUGGGGCUGUUGGAGGCACGGACAUCCUCAAAGGUGGUGUCGGCGCUGCUUAUGACCCUGCCACUACCCUGUCUACUGCUCCUGCGGAAAGUAACAGCGCCAAUAUCAAACUCGCAGACCAAGAUGCAAGCCAGACUACCCUUGAAGACAAUAUGAGCUUCGGCAUGCCAAACCUUGACAUGCCAGAACCGGAGGAUACUCCUAUGAAUGGAAUUUGA